AUGAAAACUACUUCUUCUAAUGUUCUGAAUACCGUUUUCUUAGUGUUAGUAGGUUUGGGAGUGUGUUGUGCUGCUAGAACACUCCUUACUCUAGAUGCUGAUGUAAGCAUUGGUGGUGUUAUCCAUGCUGGGGGUGGUGGAGGAGGUGAAGGCGGAGGUGGAGGUGUAGCUGAUGGUGGUUAUGGAGGAGGGGCAGGCAAAGGAGGUGGUGAAGGUGGGGUACAUGGGGGUGGCUAUGCUGGUGGUGGAGGAGGUGGAAGUGGAGGAGGAGGAGGUGGUGGUGCAGGAGGUGCAGCUGGGGGAUAUGGAGGGGGUGCUGGUAAAGGAGGAGGUGAGGGAUAUGGUGAAGGUGGAGCACAUGGGGGUGGUGGCGGCGGUGGUAGUGGAGGAGGAGGAGGUGGUGGCGGUGGAGCACACGGAGGUGGAUAUGGUGGUGGAGAGGGUGGUGGAGCUGGAGGAGGAUAUGGUGGUGGAGCAGCUGGUGGUGGUGGUGGAGGCGGCUCUGGUAGUGGCGGUGGUGGUGGCGGUGCUGGAAGUGCUCAUGGGGGUGGAUAUGGAGGCGGUAGUGGCAGCGGCGAAGGUGGUGGACAUGGUGGAUACUACCCCUAA